AGAUUUUCUCCAGCGUGGGUUACAUCCUCCGUUCCGCUGCCCUGAUAUGAGUCCGUCUCCCACCGUCCCAACCUCAGUGGAAUAUGUCAGAGCUGCAGAUGUCAAAGUCAUCGCUGCACUGGGAGACUCUUUAACUACAGCUAUCGGGGCCAUUGGUUCUACGAUCUUAUCAAUACCUUUUGAAUUUCGCCAAGUGUCUUGGAGCAUUGGAGGAUAUGGAACUUAUCAAAAUGUCAUCACACUGGCAAGUAAGUUAGUUUAUAGCAAGAAGAUUAGCAGGAAUAAUCUCAUUACAAUUUGUAAAGCCAAAAGAACUCAGCUAUCUGGGUCAGCAAGUUAGAUUAGCCCGGCCUAGGAUAGUUAGAUAACUAUCUAAUGAAUGAAUGAAUAUCCAUUUUUUUUUUUUAAAUGAUGCAACAUCUGUGAUUCUUUGGCUGAGAUUGAGAUUGUUUCUGACUCCAAGAAGAUGUUUGCAAAACUAAAACUAAAGGCCCAUUAUUCCAGGAUGACUUGGCUUGUUGUGCCAUAACAAUCAGUGUCUUUAUGAAAAAAAGAAAAUGGUUUGGUAAAUGUUGGAGGUAUCAGUUGAGGAAAUCACAUCUCGUGUGGUCCAGAUAUUUUCAAACUCUUCAAUCCCAAACUGCUGGGUCCAUCCCCGGUGAGGACCUUCCACGGUCAGCCAGCCACGGUCAACGAGACCGGCUUCAACUUCGCCGUCACCAGCCACAACACGCUGAAAGACUCCGCUGGACACUCACACACAACAGCUUAGAUUAUUCUCGGACUCAAUUUGAAACAUCUCAGAUCAGAUCAGAAACAUGAUAGACACAUUCAAGUCUUAUCCAGGUCUGAACUUCGAAGAGGACUGGAAGGUGGUGACAAUGCUGAUUGGCAUGAACGACAUUUGCGAUUACUGCAAAGACAAAACUCUGUUCUCCCCUGACAGCUUCAUUCACUACAUGACAGAAGCUCUGGACAUGAUGAUGAAGGAGAUCCCCAGGACAAUGGUGAACGUGGUGCAGAUUCUUCCCAUGAGACCUCUCAGAGAAGUUCAGAGACCGACUCCAGGCUGUCAGCUUCAAAAGAGGUUCUGCUCGUGCCUCGUCCAGCCGGAAGAAAACUCCACCGAGCUGAAGGAGCUGGUUGAGAUUAACGCUCAGUUCCAGAGGAGACUAGAGAGGCUUCUGCACGGUGAGCGUUUCUUCAAAAAGGACUUUGCUGUUGUUCUGCAACCUUAUUUAGAGAAUGCAGGUGCUCCAAGACUUCCUGACGGGACGAUUGACUUGAGCUUCUUCACAGCAGAUUGUUUCCACUUCACUGUUAAGGGACAUGAGGAGCUGGCAAAGGGACUGUGGAACAAUGUUCCAGCCUGUCGGAGGGAAAGAAACAAUAAAGACAUUUUCAGAGCCAAUACAACUCAUCUGCCCAGCAAAGGAGCAUCCUUACAUCUACACCAGGCCCCGAGUUGAGUCGUCUGCACCAACGCUGAACCAUUUCUCCAUGACGCUCAUGUCUCUGCUCUUAAUGUAUUUAAUUUAAUUAUGUGUAGUUUAACAGGCAGAGCAAGGCACUAACACUGCCUGGAUAGACUGGAACCACCGCUCCUAAAAACAUAGACUCGGGAAACUCAUUUUAACUAACAAUGUAAUAUCCCCAUGAAACUCCCCCAGUUGAUUACUUACAUUAGGACAAUUCUUUUUUGCAUUACAAGUUUUCUCAAAUUUUAUGCAAA